AUGAGUAGACUUGGAGGAAACGAGGUCAAAAUCCGAAAACCAAAUGGAAAGAAUGAAGGAAAGAGCAAAGGAAAGGCUGAAGGCAAGAACUAUUUGCAGUGGAAUUUAGAUAUGGAGCGUGCUUUGGCUGAUAUACUUCGUGAGGAACGAGGUCUGGGCCAUAAAGGAGAUAAUGGUUGGAAAGCUGUAGCUUAUAAUACAGCUGCUGAUAUUUUAUCUGCACAGUUUGAUAUUCAAAUAUCUGCUGACAAUAUAAAAAACCGUGUGAAAUCAUGGAAAAAGUUCUAUGGAAUUGUUAGUGAUAUCUUGAGCCAAAGUGGAUUUAGCUGGGAUUCCUCAACACAAAUGAUAAGCAUUGAUGAAAACAGUGUAUGGGAAGAAUAUGUGAAGUCUCAUGAUGAAGCUAUAAGCUUUCGGUUUAAAAGAAUCCCAAAUUGGGAUGAUAUAGUUGAUUUGUGUGGCAAAGAUAGAGCCACUGGAGAGGGUGCUGAAACAGGUUUCGAAGCCACUGAGGUUAUGACUCCUCCUGCUAAUGAAGAUAAUCAUGUCGAUUUGGAAGGUGAUGACCAAGGAUCCGAAGAUAUUCACAUCAUUGAGAACAUUUCACCGAACCAAGCAAGUUCUCAGAAAAAGAGAAAUGAAGCAACAGUCUCUUCUAGUGUACCUCCUCCAAAGAGAAGAGUUACAACUAAAGAUGUCUUGGGUACUUCUGUGGAUAGAAUGGCUUCAUCUUUUGAAGAACUCAUUCGUGCUACUACAAAAAGUCUUGCCCCGAAAGAUGUAUGGACAGAAAUCAUGGCAAUAACAGAUCUUUCUAGAGAAGAACAAAUAAAAGCAUGCGCUUGGUUUAUAGAGAACGACAAACAGUUUCUCAUGUUGAAGGAAGUCCCAGUGGAAAUGAAAAAAGAUAUGGUGUUGAUGUUUAUUUCAUAUGGAUCUGCAUAG